AUGAAAGCUUACUACACCGCAAAGCUAUUACCAGGUAAAGACAAAACCACCCAAACUUACAAAAUUUGCCGCAAUAAGAACUGCGGUAUAGAAAGACAGCAAAAGCUCACUUCAACAGAGCUCCAGGAAAUCCUAGACAGGAUUAGGUGGACAAACAACGUCCACGCCUCGCUAGAUCCCCUAUUAGAACCAAUACAACCUCCGCCAAACCUGGAAAAUAUACCGAAAGACGAAACUAGUAGGAAAAUGGGGCAGCCCCCCAGAGGACGAGAAAAUUGCAGAAGUGGUAAACCUUGUCAGAAAAAAAGAGCUAUUAUUAAAGAGAUGGCCAUGAAGAAAAGAAAACCAGUCCCAAAAGUAAAAAUCAACAGCAAUGUGGGAGAAAUCCGGCUGAAACGGGCAAACUUAGCUCUAAACAACAUCAAACAAGGGCAAGAUCUCAACAUCACCGAGAUCAACAACCUACUAUAUGCAACAGCAUGGGCCAUCACUGACAUGGUAGACUGAGCGCCUAAAAAGCGCACAGGUCUCCAACCCAAGAAAACAUGGAGGGACAAAAUUGAACUGGAAAUAACAAAGCUCACUACAAACAUCUCCAUCAUCGCAGAACUACAAAAGGAAUCUAAUGUAAGAUAUACCGAAGCUGACAAAAUCAGGAAGAAAUUUGGCAUUAAAAAACCAAGACGACAUGGCCAAAACAAAAGAUUCUCUUAAAAAACAACUCCAGGCCAAAGCACAGAGACUCAGGCGAUACACCAAAAGGGCGAACGUCUUUCGGCAAGACAACACCUAUAGGAACAAUGCCAAAAAGCUCUUCAGAGAGCUGGGAAAGAAAGCCAUCAAUAUCCAGAACCCUCCCUCACUCGAAGAGGUCGAGGCAUUCUGAGCAAAAUAUGGGACAACAACAAGACCCAUAACGAUGGUCUCCAGUGGAUCCAAGACCAAGCCAAGAAAAACCAGCGUGCACCAACUCAUGAUUGGUCAGACGUCGCCACAGAGGAGACCAUCAAAACCAACCACAAGACCAGCAACUGGGAAGCCGCAGAAUGUGACGGCGUGGCUAACUUCUGGCUCAAACAACUGACCAGCUUACACCCCGAAUUAGCCAACGCCUACAACAAAAUCCUCAAGAACCCAGAAAAGUCCCCAGAGUUGCAGACUGAGGGUGUGACUUUCCUGAUACAAAAGUCCGAAGACACAGAGAACCCUAAAAACUAAAGGUCUAUCACAUGACUGCCAACUAUUUACAAGGUCCUGACCUCCAUCAUUACAGAAAGGGCCUACAUCUUUGUCGAAAGCAAAAACCUGCUCCCCAAAGUGCAAAAAGGAUGCCGCCGGAGGAGCUAUGGCUGCAAAGACCAGCUCCUCAUCAACAAAGCCAUCCUUGAGGAGGUGAGAUCCAUGCGCAGUAACCUCUCCACGACGUGGAUCGACUACAAGAAGGCCACACACAUCUGGAUCGUCGAGAGCCUCGAACUCUACAAUAUCUGCCCCACUGUGACCCUAUUCAUGUGGGAAAAGAUGAAGCCUUGGAGGACAAUCUUCCACCUAAACCACAAUAAGGGCAUGAUGACAUCCAGACCUAUCGAAAUCUAA